AUGGCCGCUGUCCGCGCAUCUACUGGGUCUCGAGAUCUCGAGCAAGUACCCACCGAGAAGGAUACUGCCGUUCAUGCUGAGUUCCGGCGGGGAGGGCUAUCUCAAGAAGAUGCCGAUUUUCUGGCAAAUUUCUCAGAUGAGCGUAAGAAGAAAGUCAUUCGAAAAGUUGAUUGGCGACUUGUGCCUAUGCUCGUUCUACUCUACUUGAUGGCCUACCUCGAUAAAACCAACAUCGGCAACGCCAAGAUAGAGGGACUGGUAGAGGAUUUGAACAUGAAAGGAAUUGAAUACAAUGUGGCUGUGGCUAUUUUCUUCAUCCCCUUCAUUCUAUGUGAGGUUCCAUCGAAUAUGAUCCUCCACAAAUUCAAGCGACCGUCUUUUUACAUUGGCGUCAUUGUCCUUGCCUGGGGAAUCAUCAUGACAUUGACUGGCAUCGUUCACAACUACGGAGGUCUCUUGGCAAUCAGAUUUCUGCUGGGCAUCUUCGAAGCCGGUUUUCUGCCUGGAGCCAUCUUGAUUAUAUCAAAAUGGUAUCUGCCCAAUGAAACCCAGACACGAAUCGCGAUAUUAUAUACAUCCGCCGCUACUGGAGGUGCUUUCUCUGGCCUGCUUGCCUUUGCCAUUGCUAAAAUGGACGGCAUGGCCGGGCUCGAGGGCUGGAGAUGGAUCUUUAUCAUCGAGGGAAUCUUCACCGUUGUUGUGGGAGCAAUGUGCUUCUUCUUGCUCUGCGACACCCCGGCUCUCUCUGCAGGCUGGCUUGAGCCAGAGGAGAUACGCUACCUGGAACUCCGCCAACUAGCACGACGCGUCACUUCGCCUGGAGAGUAUAAGGAAGACGACCAUUUCAACUGGGCUCUGUUCAAAGACGUUUUCAUGGAUUUCAAGAUCUACCUCCUUAUUUUCACUAACUGGUCUAACGCGGUGCCGAACUACGCCAUGAAGUUUACGAUGCCUACAAUCCUUACCUCAAUGGGCUACACCUCAGCGAAUGCCCAACUCAUGACGGUACCUCCUUAUAUUAUUGGCGCAAUUUCUUCCUAUUGCUUUGCUAUCUUUGCCGACAAAUACUCUUGGAGGUACCCGUUCAUUAUUGCUCCACAGACGUGCCUCAUUGUGGCAUUUGGAAUACUGUUUGGCCUAUCCACGAAUGUCAAGGGCAACAUUGCACCUCUUUAUUUUGCCGUCUGCCUUGCCUGCUUUGGGAUGUACCCAAUUCUCCCAGGAGUAAACGCAUGGAACGUUGCCAACACUCCCGACCCAGCUAAGCGCUCCAUCAGCAUUGGUCUCUUGGUUUGCCUCGGUAACGUUGGCGGCCUUAUCGGCUCUUACAUCUAUCUUGAUAAAGAAAAGCCGAGAUACCCAACAGGCUAUGGAACUUCUCUGGCGUUUGCUGGCGCUGGCAUGGUAGCUGCGACUACGCUUGAAUUUAUGCUCAAGCGAGUCAACAAAAAGAGGGCUCAGAUGUCAGAGGAAGAGAUUAGGUCCAGGUACACUGAUGAUGAGCUGAACCGUCUCGGUGAGAAGAGUCCACUCUUCAAAUACAACCUGUAA